UCUCCAGAGAAAAGUUCACGCCAAGGAAGACGUCCGUUGCCAUGGAUACGGCUUUGUUACUUCUCGUUCUUCUCAACCUGAUCGCACUCACAUUCCCCGCAGCUAUUCCGCCCAGGAUCCCGCGUUUUCUCAGAGAAAGAUUGCAUAUCACACACAAAGAAUAUAACUACCUCAUACGUAACGGCUAUGUGACGCCAAAAAAUUACGAGUUCACCUUCGAACCCGAAAAAGAUGUACCGGUCGUUACUGAUGCGAUCUCAAGGUUCCAAGAGUUCUACAAGAUACCAGUCACAGGGGAGCUGGAUGGGAGGACGAGGGGUGUGAUGUGGGAACCAAGAUGCGGUUAUCCAGACCUCGGAGAAGCGUUACAUAACGAGACGCUGGAGAACAGGGCGGGGAGAGGAGAGCAUCAUCGUGUUCGACGGUAUGACAUCGCAGAUGGACGUUAUAAAUGGGACACAAGUCAAAUAACGUACAGCUUAGUAAAUUUCCCAACGCGAGGGGGUAUCAAACUCUCUGAUCUUCGGAGCACGGUAAAACGCGCUUUCGAAGUCUGGAGCGACGUCACGCCUCUCGUGUUCACCGAGCUCCACGGUCACCAAGUCAACCAGGCCAUGGUCAGGAUAGCUUUCCUUAAGGGACGUCACUCGCACGACCUCGAGCAUCCGAUAUUUGAUGGGCCCAACGGUGACCUUGCCCACGCCUUCUCGCCCAAGAGCGGAUGGGGCGAAGUCAACGGCGACAUCCAUUUCGAUGACGACGACGUGUUCACCCUUGGAAACGAUGAUAGAGGCUACAAUUUUUUCCAGACGGCAGCUCACGAGAUAGGCCACGCCCUCGGGUUGGAUCACUCGAAUGAUCCGGAUGCACUUAUGUGGCCUCAUUAUCAUUUUAUGAGAAACUUUGAGUUACCUGAAGAUGACGUCAGAGGGAUCCAAGCUCUGUAUGGCACGAAGACCAAUCCUAAAGUACCUAGUGUAAGAAUAGACCAGGGUAUAAGACCUAAAUCAACAUUAGUACGACAGCCUCUGAAGAAAUCCUACUGCACAUCAGGGUACAGCGCAGUAACUUCAAUAAGUGGCAGUAUCUAUACAUUCAAGGGUAAAUUUUACUGGCGUUCAUGGCGCCGAUUACUGGUAACCCCUAAAGACGGUCGUAAGAUUAAUGAUAAAUGGUACAAUCUGCCUGCUAAUAUCAGAGCAUCGUAUCAGAGAAGAGACGGGAAGACAGUCUUCUUUAGAGGUGCCAAGUAUUGGGUUUACUUCGGUUCACAGAUGGAGCCCGGGUACCCCCGACCAGUAGCAGAGCUUGGUCUCCCUAAGGGGGUAGAUGCUGCCCUGUCAAAGACCAAGGCCAAGACCUUCUUCUUUAAAGGAGGCCAGGUCUGGCGAUUUGAUGAGAGGAGGAAGGUGGUGGAUAAAGGAUAUCCGAAGAAGAUCGAAGAAGUCUUCACUGGCCUUGGGGAUAAGGUCACGGCAGCUUUUCACCAUGAUGACGGAAACUCUUAUUUGCUACGAGGAAAGAAGUACUAUCGUAUAGCCAAAGGGAAGUACCAAGUUGAUCCCGGCUACCCCAGACAUUUUACCAGCGAUUUUCUAGGAUGUGCGUCGGUGACAGCGUAACCAUGGCAACAAUUUUACCUCAACGAACCUUUGAUGUUGCUGCGAUUCCUCGUCGACGAGCAACGAACUUUGGAGGGAUGUUGACUUUUGAAAACAUUACACAAAUGAUUGUAUAUCAGUACCUUAUUUUACAGCUCUGAAAUUUGACAGCUGGCCAAAUGCACAUGAUGAUGACAACAGGUGGCGCUAUUAACAUUUUGGAAAUACCACAGAUUCAUGAACGCUGAUGAUCUUCAAUCCGUUGCAGUCCAGUGUAUCAAGUCAUAAAUUCUCCUCCUUACUGCAUGGGUAUAGGUGAUAUUCCCGGGUUAAAAUGCGUUUUUAUUUUGUUUUGUGGAUAAUGUAUUGUCCAAAAUAUAUUAAAAAAAUAAAUUAUCUUUUAUCCAGAAUCUAUGGUUAGACUACACUCCACAUGGAAGUGUGAUGUUAAAUAUUCUGAUAUCAAUUGAGUCAUAUUACUCUCAAUCAAACUGCCCUCCUCCCCCAAAAAGAAAUAUAUAUAUAUACACGCAUACAUAAUAAUUAAUGGACACAGUUUCAUGGUAGCGCAAUGUCCAAAUAUUGGCAUAAAGAAUUCCUACAGACUAGUGGGCCUUAAGCAUAAACUAUAACCAGAAUAUUAGACAGAUUAGGGCUCCACCAUAUUAUUUUUUUCCAAAAUCAUCUUAUUAUCAAAGGCUGAAUAUUCCAGAGUUUGUAUUUCUUAAGAUGUGGAUUAUUUGAAAGUUAUUGUUAGUGAUCUAAAGCAUAAAUUGAACAUUCCUCAAAAAGAACUUUGAUGACAGUGUGAUGAAAAUUUUGCCCAUUUUAAAGUAAUUGCUGUUUGUUUUUAACCUUACUGUAUUUGGGUAAAAUACUGCCCCAAAUUGGUUGGACACAUAAUCACCCUCGUGCUGGUUAAGAUUUUACCCAAUAUUUAUUACAGUGUAUAAUAAAAAGGGUUUUCAUAAUUGUGUUACGAUGCAUGAUGGUAUUAUUACUUAACCCUCAAAGUAUUAUCAUUUACUCAAGGCCACCUCUCUUUGGUCUGCGACUCGAUUUCGGAACAAAACAAUACGGUAAAAUUCAAUGUGAACAUUGAGACUUGGAACAUACUGUGUAAACUUCUUAACAACCGUACGAAUACUUAUGUUCAAAAUAUGCUACCAUCAUUAUAAGAAUUGAAGCUAAUUGAAUAUCCAGUCAUAGUGACGUCUUAUCAAUCGUGUAAUUGGCCACGAAUAGACACCAAUUUGGUAUUUACUCCAAAAACGCUAGCAAUCAUUCAAAAUUGUUAUAUUAGUAUAUUCUUACCCUUGAUUUGAAACGCAAAUAAAAAAUACUUUUCAUUAACAUUUUGAGAAAAUAAGUAGUUACACUUGCAGUCACUAUACAAGCACUGUAAGUGCUAAAUUAGCACUUCAUUUUUUACAGUGUAAUUUAAUUCUUAAUUUGCCCCUUCCUCUCUAUAUUUUCAUUAAAGAUGUUAAACCCCAUGAACUCGGAGAAAACACUUUUGAAGGUAUCAUCUUUAACAAGAGUAUAUUCAAUUUAAAGAAUCGCAUAUUGUAUUCAAUGCUUGUAUUCACGUUUCCCCGAGUGUGAGAAGGGCAUAUGCAUCUGCAUAAGUGUUUUAUAAGAGAGUUCACACGUAGAUUUAUGUUCCGUAAUUAAUAUAUUAAACUUGAUCUGGUUGGCGGUAUUAACAGUUAUCAUCUGUCGCAUGAACACGGCUGUUUUACCAUGCAUUGAAGGCCAUACAGUGUGAGGUUUUACUUACAUCUCAAUGCGCACACAUCUGAUGAAAACGCUUAGACAGAAAACACGAUUAAAGUUAAAGUUUAGAUUAUAAUAACGGAAUUAAUUUUACGUGUGAACUCACAAUUUCUCUUUCAUUACAAGAACCUGAAUGAAUGAGGGAUUUUUAACAGAACUAUUUUGUAUAUAAGAUGUAUAUAUAGUUUCACCUUGUUCUGAUGUUUUUGAUAAAUAAAUGUAUAGUAUUUUAAUUAUGCUGAACGUGAGGUCGGAGAGAUUGUUGAAAUAAUAUUUACCAAUGUAAUGUGUAGAGGAAACCUACAUCCGUCUCUACUAGUUAUGCAUUUACCUCAUUCUAAAUAGUAAUAAAUGUUGUUUUUUCCAAAUUGAUUAUUAAUUCAUUUCCUUUAGUAAAUUUCGUCUCAUCUGUUUAGGCUUAGAUAUUAACAGAUUUCAUAAAUUUUAAUUUGCAUAGUUUGACUCAUUUGGUGCGCGUAAUCGGUAAUAAACUGAAUUUAGUUUUGAGCGUUGCCGUUUUAUCCUAUGAAACAAGUAAAAUAUGUUGAACAAGAAUGCAAACUUGUGGCAUUUUAAGAUGAAACAAAAAAUAGCAAACCACUUAAUGUGGAAGAUAAAUUUAUGAUGACUUCUGUGGCAACACAACCAGAAAGCAAAUUUGUCAUUUUACCAUCUUUAUGUUAAUUGAACCUGUAAAUUUAUGCAUCUUUUAAAAAAUCGUAAUAUGAUUUAACCAUUUUCAAUUGUCCCGUACAAUGUGGGUGAUGUGAAAAUGUCAAUAUAUGAAAUAUUCACUUCGUGAUCAUUAUUUUUAGAUUGAUAUAAUCUUCUCUACGUGUCUUGUCAGUUGGGAAGUCUGAUGAUGUUUUGUAUGUAUCAUAAUAGUAUUUUGUCGUCAAUAUUUUGUGUAUUUGACAAUAAACUUGAAUAGAA